AAAUAAGAAACAGCUGUUUUUGUUUUCAUUUCCAAAGUUGUGCAACUGUGGACUGCUGCUCUGAUCGGAAAUUACGUUACGAUAUACUAUAACAAACACAAAUUUGAAGAUGCUGGAUUUAGAAGUAAUUCCUGAAAGGUCGUUGGGUUGUGAACAUUGGGAGUUUAUUUUAGGAAUGCAGUUUUCCCAAGCAGUUUGCAUAUGCAUGUCUCAGGUAGCAAUCAUGAAGAGAGUUCAAGUAAUCUAUAAUGAAAAUGACCCCUUAGCUUCUGACCUUAUCUUGAGUCUAACUCUGGAUGGAAUACGACUUCUCUUUGAUUCAGUUUCACAGCGUUUGAAAGUGAUUGAGAUCUUUGCCAUGAACCUCAUUAAGCUUAAAUAUUGUGGAUUGGUGUUCAAUUCAUCUGAUGUAAUCCCAACAAUUGAUCAGAUUGAUCAUUCAUUUGGAGCCACACAUCCUGGAAUAUAUGAUCCAGAGAAACGAAUAUUUACUCUCAACUUUCGUGGAUUAUCUUUUACUUUUCCAGUAGAGCAAGCUAGUGAACCUCGAUGUGUUCGGGGUCUUGGUUCACUACAGUUUACCAAUGGUGCAUCUCCAGUUGCAUCAAAAAUGUUCAUAUUCAGUGGCAACAGUUUAAUUGACAGCAAGCCUCCUCCUCUACCAAUAUCUUGCUUCUUUUCUCAUCCUUAUCUUCAAGGUUUAGAAGUAAUUCGCCAUAAUGGGUGCACCUCGGGGAUCAAGCUUUCUCUUAUUUGCGAAGGACCGUCACAGGUAUUGGAACCUAGACGCCAUGCCUGCGUUCAAGAAUUAUGCUUUGGCGCUUCCGCGGAGGAUGUUCUUACUUUACUAGGAGCCCCUUCACGUGUGUUUUAUAAGGAUGAAGAUAAAAUGCGAAUCCAUAGUCCUCAGGCGCAUCGUCGAGCUCCAGCUUCUUUUUCGGAUUAUUUUUACAACUACUUUACACUCGGACUAGAUGCUUUGUUCGAUGGGAAAUAUCAUAAACUGAAAAAGUUUGUUCUACACACCAACUACCCAGGACACUACAAUUUCAAUAUGUACCAUCGAUGUGAAUUCAAGCUCCAACUGCCAACGAAACCCAUCUCAACAGACAAUUCAAAAUUAAUUGAUUUAUCGCCUACCUUUAUCACUGUAUCUGCUUAUUCACGCUGGGAUGAAGUCUGUGAGAAAGUGCAGCCGAGUUCCCGCCCAAUUGUUCUUCAUCGAUCUUCAUCUACGAACACAACAAACCCAUUUGGUUCGACGUUCUGUUACGGAGUUGAGGAUAUCAUUUUUGAGGUGAUGCCGAACAACUUGAUAGCAUCCGUAACUCUCUAUGCAUCCGAUGACAAUUUGCCACUGCAAGGACAGGAAUCGUAAGGAAAGCGUACUAAUAUUUUGAAUUUUGUUGAGUACCUUGAAAGAGCGUGAAUUCACUACGAAAUGCGUUGACAUCGUGAAUUUAUUUUGAAUGUGUUCGUACACUUUGUGACUUAUAAAUGUUGAAAAGCAAUAGAGCAUUGCACACAA